GGGAACUCAUUUCUUAGUGCGUCCAAAAUAUCUCUCUAAAUAUUGACACGUCGUCACAUAAGUGUGGGUACGUGUAAAACAGGGCAGGUCUGAUGUUCUAAACGCCAGCAGGAACUACGGAUUUAAAGCAGGAUGUCUAAAACCCAGUGGAAGACAUGAAAGACUUGUGUGUAUGUGCUCAGAAGUAUCACCAGAGAACUGUGGAGGUGAACCUUUCGGAAUAUCGAAACGAGUGUAUAAAACAUUCAUUUGAGAGGACUGGAGCAGCACGUGAGUGAUGACAAACUUUGCGACGCCGAUCUCACGAGGAACUUUAACUCAACUGUUUCAGAGCGUCGUUUGAAACGAAAGCUAUAUUGUGGAUAUAUUGUGGGUCUAAUAUGCCUUUGAGUGUAAAACUGCGGAAGUUUGACAGGACAACAGAGUUUAAUUUAGGUCAUACGGCAGAAAUGUUGCCACGCAGUCGUUUUUGAGCUCGGGAUGCCCUUAUGUGGUUACAUUCACACACUUAGUGUGUAGCUUUGACAGGGUUCAUUAACACGUUUUUAUGCUCUCAAAUAGUCUAUUUACAUCAGUGGCGAGGGGGAUGAACAUAGUCCGUAAGUGCAGGUAAACCACAACCAAAUCUCGUUUUUAUUGUCGCGAUAGCUUAAAUAACGCCUGUAACCAUAGCUACAGAGUGGUUUCAUUUUAGUUCUGCUGGUCAUUUCGUGCAACUUUAGCGGGUUCUCUGCUAUGUUUUUAAAAACUGGUUCCAUUUUAACCCACUGCGUUUGCUCCUUCUUAGCCAACAUUCUUAACACAAAUCAUAUCUCAGUUUCUAAUAUUUUCCCGACUUUUUAAUAUUUCAGGAAAUUACAUUUUAGAAUGUGGAAUCAUUCUUUUUCAGGACCGAACUGAGCGUGAACUGAAAAGACGUAGAAAGAAUUCAUAGUAUUAAAAUAAUGAAAUUUAGGAAGUAUUUAAGGGGCAGUGGGAGGGUCUUGGCUUUUGUGUUUAUAGCUUCUGUAGUCUGGCUCCUUUUUGACAUCGCAGCACUGCGGAUGUCCAUCAACGAUGUGAAUCAGGAUCUCAAAGAGAGAGAGAUUGUACUAAAACAGGGAAGGAGGAAAGACAAUGUAGAGGAUGUGCUCAAACAUCCCCUGCAAAAAGUAGACAUAGACAAGAAGGAGUUUUCUAAAAACAACAACAGGUUUGAAAGAAAAGCUGAUAAGGUUUACAGAAAGUGGCCAAAGGCACGGCCAGAAAAUCAAGACAAAAAUCUGAUUCCAAUGUCAAUGGCUGGCAAAUCAUUUGUGGAACAAGAUGAGGUAAUGAAUCAAAGCAAAGUGAAUUUAAUUGUGAACUCCCUUGUGAAAGGAACAGUUAUUAGCAUCCCUGAAAAAAUAAACAAGACAAAAGCUGUUGUUAAUAGCAAAGUGGAGAAUACAACCACAAAGAUAAACAAAAUAAGAGAUGCUGUUAAUGGACAGACAAAAGCAAAUCUAGAUGUUAAAUCACAUUCACUUACUAAAGCACCGCCUGCUGUCCAGGAGAAAACACGUCCUCCUGCGCUCAAAGAAAACAGUGUGAAGAAAGUGCAUCGUAUUAAUGACACAGUAGUGAUGUCACAUAAUGAAGUACAUGUCGAUGCAGGUUUACAAAAGAACCUGAGUAAUGAAUUGCUGAAACCAGCGGAGAGUGAUAAACCGAAAAACAUUAUUGACAAUACAGGGAAACAUGGCAAUACUUUCAACAGAACGAAACCAGAUAUUAUUCAGAAACCAAGUGGACAGAAGGCUGAGGACCCAGAAGAGGAGGCAUUACAAGUACCGCACUCUACAAGUGUGCUGGUGAGGAGAUCAGGAGGGCAUCAUAAGGUUAUGGCCCUAGAUGCGACAGACAGGCCCAGAGAUCCAGUUGCUGUGGGACAGUUUGGACAGCCUGCAAGAGUUCCCAGAGAUAAAGAACUGGAGAGUCGAAGACGCUGGAGUGAAGGGUUUUUUAACGUAUUCCUGAGUGAACAGAUACCAAUAGACAGAGCCGUCCCAGACACCAGACCUCAAAUAUGUUCAGAAAACCUUGUUCAUGAUAACCUGCCCAGUACCAGUGUGAUCUUCUGUUUUGUGGAUGAGGUUUGGUCCACUCUGCUGCGCUCGGUGCACAGUGUGCUCAACAGGUCUCCUCCACACCUGCUGAAAGAGAUCAUUCUGGUGGAUGACUGUAGCACCAAAGACUACCUGAGGGAGCAGUUGGAUGUUUAUAUGUCUCAGUUUCCUAAAGUACGAAUAAUCCGUCUGAAAGAGAGGCAAGGCCUAAUCAGAGCCAGGAUGGCAGGGGCUGCAGCUGCUACAGGUGAAGUGUUGACAUUCCUGGACUCUCACAUUGAGUGUAACGUAGGGUGGCUGGAGCCACUGUUAGAAAGAGUUUAUCUGGACCGCAAAAAAGUGGUUUGUCCUGUUAUUGAGGUCAUCAGUGAUAAGGAUAUGAGUUACAUGCUUGUUGAUAAUUUCCAAAGAGGCAUUUUUAGAUGGCCGUUGGUUUUUGGCUGGAGUGCGCUACCUGAGGAAUAUAUUAGAAAGAACCAGAUCAAGGAUUCAGAUCCCAUCAGGUGUCCUGUUAUGGCUGGGGGUCUUUUCUCUAUAGACAAGAGCUAUUUUUAUGAGCUGGGGGCAUAUGACCCAGGCCUGGAUGUCUGGGGUGGGGAAAACAUGGAAAUCUCUUUCAAGAUCUGGAUGUGUGGUGGCGAGAUUGAAAUCAUCCCCUGCUCACGUGUCGGACACAUCUUCCGUGGCGAUAACCCUUACAAAUUCCCUAAAGACCGUGUGAAGACAGUGGAGAGAAACUUGGCCAGGGUUGCAGAGGUGUGGCUGGAUGAAUAUAAAGAGCUCUUUUAUGGCCAUGGCUACCACCACCUGCUAGACAAAAGUGUGACAGAUAUAGGAAAUCUGACAGAACAGAUUGAGCUGAGAAAAAAACUCAAGUGUAAAAGCUUUAAAUGGUACUUGGACAAUGUCUACCCAGACCUGGUGGCCCCUCUGGUAAAAGCAGAAGGACUGAUUUUCAAUGCUGGAACCAGAAAAUGUUUGGUAUUUCAAAAUCACAAUUUAUUUCUUGAUAAAUGUGACCUUACAAAUAAGAGUCAACACUUCAGCUACACCUGGUUAAGGAUGCUUCGACAGAACACAUCCUGUUUGGCACCUCAGGAAAAACAAAUUAUCAUGGAACCAUGUGACAACACUAAGACACAUCUCCGGUGGAUGCACAAGUCUGGUAAAGUUUUGACGGAGCAUGUGAUGAUAGAGGGUCAUUCCCGACCUAUCUGUCUGGAAGCUGGUGUUAAAGCUGAUGGCAUCUUCCUUAAGGACUGUGAUCCUAUUAAUACUUUUCAGAAAUGGCAGUUUACACACUACUAUGCUGAGUGAGAUCCUCCAGAAUAUCACUCAUGUAUUGUCCAUAACAACUUCUACCUUUGUGCAUGGAUUUGUAAUUGUUUUGUUUGUUUUUUGUUUUUUAUUGUUUGUUUGUUUGUUUUGUUUUGUUUUAAAUGUGUGGUUGUUUGAGUGGGUUUUGGUCCAUUUAAUGCCUACUUAAUGCAAUUUGUGUAAUGCAAUUUUGUUGUUUGAUUUUUGACAUUCUGAAUCAUAAGGGUUUGAGGUUCAUAUUAGGAACCAGGUCUUCUCUUUUGGGUAAUCCAGGUUAUUUGUAUUUUAGGUUUUGCAUGGGAAAUACUUUUGGUAUGGAUAUAAAAAGACACACGGGUUUUCCACAAAAAAUUCAUUUUGAAAUACCCUUAUGAUAUUUUUACGAUAAAGUACUUGUUGCUUGUAAAACACAAGGAUUUCAUUUUUAUACAUCUUAUUUAAGUCCAUAUGAAACUUCACUGUAAUAAUGUGACAUUUCUAAAUGAAACAGUUUGUCAAACAAGAAAAUAUGUAUAUUGGAUCAUGAGAAGUGAACAAUGCAUAACAAUAAGUGCUACCUACUGGCCAGAUGACCCUAUCCAAUGGCAUGGUCUGUCUUUUAUGUGCAUUAAUGUGAAUAACACUUAAGUUAUUGCAGUUUAAGGUAUUAAAUUCUAAUUAAUAAAUUACUAUCUGACCCUAAUUUAUCAUGACCUUGGGUUUAGGUUAGAAUGCUAAUUAAUUAUUGUUCAUUUAUAUGAUGAUUUAUCUUGACAUUUUUGAUUUUCUGCCCUUUAUAUUAGAUUGCUCUUGUUCAUUCAGAUUCCAAUGACUCUCGUCUGUGUUUGUGGUUCCCUUGGUCAUUAACCCGCUAGUCUUGGUCAUUAAACAAGUUUCUCAUCUUGCGAAAAAAGGUAAUUGACAUUAAAAUUGAUAAAAUAUUCAGUAAAUGGCUAUGAGGCUUGCUUUUAUCUAAAAGUACUUUCUUUAGUCCCUUUAGAUAGUAUACACUGAAAUAUUAGCAAGAUUAUUUGUAGUCAGACGUCAUGACCAUUACUGUUUGCAAAAAAAAAAAAUAUAUAUAUAUAUUACUUUGUCUAAUAGAAGCUUUAUAUAAUCAUGCCAUGGAUUCCCAUAUAGAAGAAUAUUACUAUUGUAAUAGUUAGACUUCACCCAAAUUAGAUUGGUCAGUGUUGUCCUAAAUGGAAAUUCCCUUGGAGUCUGUUCAUUCUAAAUUCACUUAAGCCAGUUAAUUUCAUGCCCAAAUGCUGCAGCCUAAAACCUGGCUGCAGAUUUCCAGUAAUAUGGACUUAAUCUAUUUAAGCCAAUAAAUUUAGAGUAGAUCAGAAUAAAAUCAAAUGUAACUAUUUAUAAUUAGUUGGGUUAUCAUUAUGUCAUGCAAGUUGCAUAACUGAUUUAAAGAUAAACAAUACAAAACAUCAAAUGCCCAAACAUAAAUCUAAGAGCAGAGGAUACCUGUCAUCAGAAAAUUACAUAGUGCUGAGUCUAUGAAAUGCACUCUACACUACAGGGUCAUCUGGCUACAGAAUCACUAUCACUCAGUCUUUUGUAACCUUUCCUUAUGUGCCCAUACCAACACAAAACAUUCUCCAAAUGGCAACAUGACUUAACAAUGUUUGCAUUAAAUAGGAUUGUAGACCUUGA